CUGCAAUUACGUAUAAUAAUUCUUUUUUUUAAAGUUGGUUUUAGUUUCACUGAUAGUCAAACCGAUCGGUUCAACCUUAUGGUUUGAUUAAAGAUGUGUUAUAAGGAGCCGAUGCCACGUACUUUUACUAAUCUCUUUUUUGUCGACCAUUUUUGUUUCUGAGUUGUUCUUCUUGAUUAGCUUUGUCCGCUUGGAACCAAACAUGGCGAGUCUUGGCCAUAUAGCCAGAGAAUCAUCAGACAUCACACGCCUCGCCCAGUUUUACAAAGAGGUGUUUGGGUUCGAGGAGAUCGAAAGUCCUGAUUUUGGAGACCUACAGGUGGUGUGGCUAAACUUACCAGGUGCUUUUGCAAUGCAUAUUAUCCAGAGAAACCCUUCAACAAAUCUUCCAGAAGGUCCUUACAGUGCUACCUCAGCGGUUAAGGAUCCUAGCCAUCUCCCAAUGGGUCAUCAUAUCUGUUUCUCUGUCCCAAAUUUCGACUCUUUCCUUCAUUCUCUCAAGGAGAAAGGGAUAGAAACUUUUCAGAAGUCUCUUCCUGAUGGAAAAGUCAAGCAAGUUUUCUUCUUUGAUCCUGAUGGAAACGGAUUAGAGGUAGCAAGUCGAUCAUGAGCCUUGAACCUGAAAUAUGUGGUAUCACUACUUAUAGAAUGAAAUAAAAGUAUUGUAUAAAUAAUCAGUUUGUUGAAAUAAAAUCUAUAUGUCUAGGUUUGAUGUUAACUUGUGACAGCUUACGCCUCAAAGUUCGUGUCAUGUGCUUUGAAUGUUGGAUGUAUCGAAUUUAUGAGCUUUUCCUUGUCUAGUAGUUCCCAUGUCUCUAUUACAACACCGAAGAGAUUGGGAUAGUUAUAAUAGAGAGAGAGGACGAUAGAGACCCAACUAAGAACAACCAUACAUUCACAACUCGAGAUAUUUUAUUCAUUUAUUGUGAAGAGUUGUUUUGGUCAUAUAAACUCACCCGGUUCAACCCGGA